UUUCUCUUUCCUUUCAGAGACUGGAGAAACUGUCAGCUGAUGUGUUACCCACUCUGCUUCUCCUUUAUAUAGUUCUUUCAGCACUGGCUUGCAGCACACCAGGAAGGUUGCUGAAGAUCAUCUGCUCCCCAGAUUUUCAGAACAGCGGCGACACAGACUGAAGUCAUGAGUGAAGUCACCAAGACUUCCCUGGAGAAAAUCCUUCCACAGCUGAAAUGCCAUUUCACCUGGAACUUAUUCAAGGAGGGAAGCAUCUCACGUUAUCUAGAAGAUAGAGUGUGUAACCAGAUCGAAUUUUUAAACACUGAGUUCAAAGCUACAAUGUACAACUUGUUGGCCUACAUAAAGCACCUAGAUGGCAAAAAUGAGGCAGCUCUGGAAUGCUUGCGGCUAGCUGAAGAGUCAGUCCAGCAAGAGCACAAUGGCCAAGCAGAAAUCAGGAGCCUGGUCACCUGGGGAAACUAUGCCUGGGUCCACUACCACAUGGGCCAGCUCUCAGAAGCUCAGACUUACGUAGACAAGGUGAAACGCACCUGUGAGAAGUUCUCAACUCCUUACAGCAUUGAGUGUCCUGAGCUGGACAGUGAGGAAGGGUGGACACGCCUGAAGUGUGGAAAGCAUGAAAGGGCUAAGGUGUGUUUUCAGAAGGCCCUAGAACAGAAACCCCACAACCCAGAAUUCUCCUCUGGGCUGGCAAUUGCAAUGUAUCAUCUAGAUGAGAACCCACCAAAGCACUUCUCUGUCAAAGUUCUGACGCAGGCUAUGGAGCUGAGUCCUGAUAACCAUUAUAUCAAAGUUCUCCUGGGCCUGGCCCUGAAGAAGAUGAAUAAAGAAGCUGAGGGUGAGCAGUUUGUUAAAGAGGCCCUGGAGAAGGCUCCUUGCCAAACAGAUGUCCUUCGCAGUGCAGCCAAUUUUUACAGAAAAAGUGACCUAGACAAAGCUAUUGAGCUGCUUCAAAGGGCAUUAGAAUCUACACCGAACAACAGCUAUGUCUAUCACCGUCUUCAAUUCUGCUACAGGGCAAAAAUCAAACAAUUGCAAGAUACAGGAGAAUCUGAAACUAGCGGAGAGAAGAUUGAAGAACUAAGGAAAUCUCUGAAUGACUGUAUGGAUAAACUUAGGGAGAAGGGACUAAAUCCCCCGGGUGCAUACUCCAAUCUCUCUGAGUUCCUGGAAGAAGAAGAUUAUGAGACAGCCAUCAACCAGGAGUUCCCCUAUGCCGAGAGAGAACCACCCCAUCAGAGCUAUUGCAACCUGCAGGAGAAUCACAGGGAGUCUGAACACACCGCUGUCCAACAGUGCUUAGAGGGCAUGCCUGCGGGCAAAAAACCAAGCGAGAAUGAAGAGGGGAAACACCUAAUAAAGAACAGAGAUGGAAAUGUCUCUCCACAGAACACACCCAAUUCUUAUUAUCUCCAAGGAUUAACUCACAAGCUGAACGGAGAUCUACUGCAAGCAGCUAAAUGUUAUGAGAAGGAACUGGGUCACCUGCUAAGGAAUGCGCCUUCAGGCAUAGGUGACUUUUUCCUGUCAGCAUGGGAGCCUCACGAUGGCGGUGAGGAAACGGGCCAGGACACAGGUAGCUCCACCUCAAGAGAGCUCCAUGAUGUCUGAGCCAGGACAAAGAGGAAGAAACAAAACAGAGCAGCAGAAGGCCAGGAGGCCAGAGAUGGCGGGGCGGAGGGGAGGACAGGGGUACCCGGGGUGGUGGGGCUGUAGGUAUAGCUUGUAGCCAUUAUAGUAGACUUUUAGAGUUGUUUCUUAUGUUCUGCCUCCCUUGCCUAUCCUAUCUGCACUGUUACAUAGACGGUAGGUCCCAUAACUAAUCAAUCACUAGCAGAAAUAGUGCUUCUGGCCUAUAGAAUGCCAAUUAGUUCUGUUUGUACUCAGUUCACCAUGUAACUCCCAUUUCUGCUGUUCUUGCCAAGGGUCCUGAAUGGUGACUGCCCGUCAACAAAAUCUUCAGUGAUAUUCACCCUAUUUCCUCCAGGCUCCAUGUCUAGAAGAUUACCUUUUAACCAACCUGAGAAUAUUCAUCAUGUUUUACUUUGGGUUUCAGUCAUGUAAUUAUAUGGAUUUUGAUAGUGAUAAAUGUGCAUGCUUGAUAGUGAUGCUAUAAUAAAUCUAAAAAUUUCAACUCAGAAA